CGCAGUGUUUCAAGUUUUGAUGGUAGUAUAAUGCUACGAAAUUGCAAAAGUGACGGAGAUAGAGUAGAGCUUUGUUAUUCAGAGCCUGGCAGUUCCCGUACGUACGAGUAUGUGAAAAAAGACCAUCACAUUUUUGGAACAAAUAAUGGAAAAAAACAGUGCCAUCGAAAUCUAACUUUAACACGCGGCGUAUCACCAAGUAACCCUAAGAAUGUAUGUAAUAUUUGCGUAUGUACAAAUGAAGAUAUGCUUCGUCAAAAACGCGUGAGUCUUGCAGAAGUAACAUCGAAUGUGCAGGCAAAUAAAGUUAUAGUAGGACUUCGUCUAAAAAUUGACUUAGAUGUAUUACAUCUUGAAAUUGAAGAAGCCGAGAUUAAGCCCGUUGGUAUGAUAGAUGAAACUACAAAAUCUUGGCAAAAUAAUAAUUUAGAAAAAGAUUAUUCAUCUCCUCAUACAUACUCAUCGAAGUACAAGGUAAUCUCGUGGGAUUCAAGAUCAUUCAGUUUGGAUGACGUACAACUUGACAAGGGUUAUGUUUUAACCGGUGUGAAAUUUGAAUAUGAUUUCAAUGGUUUCUUCAAAAUAGCAGCUCGGGGCCAUAAAUAUAAUUACGAGGAAGGAAAACUUGAGAACCUUGAAGAAUUCUAUUGGCGCUAUAGCGAUUCCAAGAAACUUAGUGAAGUGAGAAUUGAAGAUCUGGAUGUCUCUACGGAUUUUUCAAACAACGAUAUCCAUUCAAAACCAAAAGAUCUCGUAAAAUUAUCAACAAGCAGCAUGAUAUCUGAUGCGGGUCAGACUGUAGUGCCGUUCAUUGACAUUGUUCCUGUAAAACCAGAGAAACGCAUACCUUUAUCUGGAUUCGGAUUAUUUCUCAGACGUAAUGAAGGAAACGCUGGGUACUUGACGCUCAAGCUCUUCGGAUACGAUGUCAUGCCUCAUAUAAGAUUCAAAAUUUACCCUGGCAAAAUUGACCUAUCCAAGUUUCAUAUUGGAACUUUGAUUGAAAAUCCCACUGAAUUUAUCGAUCUAGCGUUUAGAAUCGUGCAAGAUAUUUUUGCUGAAAAAAGUCAAAUUGAUUCAAGGACUUUACAUAAGGUUUUCACCAGACUUGAUGAUGUUCUGAAGGCCAUUGAUGAUGAAUUUCAGUUUCUCGUAGACACAUAUUUUAUUAAUUUUGACGAUAGGCGUAUUAGUGUACAUUCCCCUGCAGAAUAUAAUAUGUACAAUAAUAUGAAAAAACUCAAAGGAAUACUACAAAACAUUGAGUUCUUUUACCAAGCGUUUAAUGCGUCAAUUUUUGGCAGCAAUACACCCGACCCAGAAGGAGUUCUUGAUAAACGAACUAUGAGAGUUCCUAUGAGAGUAAUAGACCCUUUUUUGGAUGAUUUACAUGAAACAGUAAAAUCGGCAAAGAAUUUGGAAUUUUUGUUCGAUGAUACAAUGACAUCAAGAUUGGUAUGCUCAGUAGAUCGUCCUGAAUCCUUGAUUAUUUAUAAUAUUUACAUGGCGCUUUGUGCAUUUGAUCUCAAAGGAAUUAUCAUGGAUCUCUACGCCGCAAUUCUGCACGAAAUGAAAAAAAACAUUGAUAGCUUCGAAAAAAUUAGGGAAAUGAAAGAAUCAUACUCGAAGAGGUCGCAAGAACGAAAAGAAUGGAUGAAAAAAUUGAAUAAAAAAUUGUUCCGAGAAUAUUGGAAUUGUAAAUUAGAAAAAGAACAAAAAGAUAUAACAUUCAGGGAUUUCGGUUCCUUUUUUAAAAAAAUGUUUAUAAUGGAGCAGGAUCUUCAGAAUUUGAUACCCGAAUAUAAAUUGAAUACAGAAUGUUCUUACGAAUGUAAUGACAAAUCAUUCAGUAACUUGACUUUUACUGACAAUUUAAUAUUAACGCAGUGCAAUAAUAGUAAGGGAAUGAAAAUAGAUCUUUGUUAUUCUAAGCCGGGUAGUUCCCGCAAAUACGAGUAUGUAACAAAAGACACUGUAAUUCUUGGAACACGAAAUCAAGAAAAUGAAUGUCAUGGACAUCUAAUUUUAUCAUAUUCCUGGAGCAUUUGGCGUCCAUCAAUACGUUGUGAUAUUUGUGAAUGCACAAUUGAAGAAACGAAUCAUCGGAAGUACGUGAGCCUUGAAGAAGUAACGUCAAAUGUGCAGGAAAAUAAAGUUGUAGUUGGACUUCGCCUAAAAAUGGAAGGCGAUGUACUAAGUAUUGAUAUUGAACAAGCCGAAAUUAUGCCAGCAGGCAUGAUCGAUGAAAGAACAAAAACUUGGCAAAUUCAAACUUCAAAAAUGGAUAAUUCAUCUGUCCAUACACAUUCGAAACAAAAGUAUCAGGAUAUCUCGUGGAAUUCAAGAAAUUUCAGCUUGGAUGACGUACAACUUGACCAUGGUUAUGUUUUAACCGGUGUGAAAUUUGUAUAUGACAAUGGUGUCUUCAAAAUAGCAGCUCAGGGCCAUAAAUAUAAUUAUGUGGAAGGAAAACUUGACCAUGAAAAAUUCUAUUGGCACCCUAGCAAUUCCAAGAAGCUCAGUCAAGUGAUAGUAGAAGGUGAAGAUAUUCCUACGGAUUAUCCAAACAACAAAAUUCAUUCAAAACCAGGUGAAUACGUGAGCGUAUCAACAAGCAGCGUGAAAACUGAUGCGGGUCAGACUGUAGUGCCAUUCAUCGAUAUUGUUCCUGUGGAACCAAAGAAGUGCACACCUUUAUCUGGAUUUGGAUUAUUUCUCAAACGUAAUGAAGGAAAUGCCGGGUACUUGACGCUUAAGCUGAUCAGCUACGACUUUGAACCGAAUAUGGGAAAAUCUAACAAAUCUUUAACCUCUAUAUUUGAGCAAUUUCACUGGUAAAAAUCGAACAUUUUUUGGCAUUAAUGAAACUUUUUUUUCGACGAUUUAUUGGCCAACUCGCCGUAUUGUUCAUUUAAUGACCAAUAAAUGGUCAAGAAAACAUUUCAUUGAUGCUCUGAUAGGUUAAACAUCUACUAAGGUUGAUAAAUUAUUAUAAAAUAACUAUUCGGUGAGUGAUAAUUGGAAAAAACGACAUUCAUCAAAUCUAUAAGGUUUCUAAUGUACUUUUGUCGGGUAUUUUUGUAACUAAAAUAGUAAUGAAUUAGUCAUGCACCAAAGCUUUUGUAAA